AUGGAAGCUGGGAUUUUGGUGUCUUCCCCGACCUCUUCCUCGCCUCUAUCUACUCCCAUUCCCUCUGUGAUUCUAACCCAAGACGAGUUGAAGAAAAUCGCAGCCUACAAAGCCGUGGAGUAUGUCGAGUCCGGCAUGGUCCUCGGCCUUGGCACCGGCUCCACCGCUAAGCACGCCGUGGACCGAAUCGGCGAGCUUUUGCACCAGGGAAAGCUCCAGAACAUCGUCGGAAUACCCACUUCUAAGAAGACCCAUGAACAAGCUUUGUCCGUGGGAAUUCCAUUGUCGGACCUCGAUUCGCACCCUGUUCUUGAUCUCGCGAUCGACGGCGCCGAUGAGGUCGAUCCCCACCUCAAUUUGGUCAAAGGCCGAGGUGGGUCGCUAUUGAGGGAGAAGAUGGUUGAAGGUGCUUGUAGGAAAUUUGUGGUUAUCGUUGAUGAGUCCAAGCUUGUUAAGCAUUUGGGGGGCAGUGGGCUCGCUAUGCCGGUUGAGAUUGUGCCCUUUUGCUGGAAAUUCACGGCCAAAAGGCUGCAAGACUUGUUUGAGGACGCGGGUUGUGUUGGAAAGCUCAGGACUUUUGGUGAAAAUGGCGAGCCUUUUGUGACAGACAAUGGGAAUUACAUUGUGGACUUGUAUUUCAAGAAAGAUAUUGGGGAUUUGAAGGCAGCCAGUGACGCAAUUUUGCAGCUUGCUGGAGUUGUUGAGCAUGGAAUGUUCCUGGACAUGGCAACCACUGUGAUUGUCGCAAGCGAGCUUGGUAUCACGGUGAAGAAUAAGUAG